GGAGCGCGCGCGGAUUGUCCAACAUCUCAGCCCCUCGCCAGGCUGCGCGCCUCGCGUCUCAUCAUUCAUCCCCAUAGAGAAGAACUGAACCUCCACCAGCACUGGGAUGAAACGUAAAAAGAACAUAUGCCUGUCACUACAGAAAUGACUGAGUCAUCGUCCAUUCACUCAGUUACGCUUAUUUCAUUAGCCCGAUCACUGUCCAGGCUUGGUCUUGACACCAUCAACGGCGGCCCCAUCAGUGCCCCUGAUGAAGAUGAGCCCCCUCCAUCGGAGUCUGGCAUUGAUCUGGGCCCUGGGCUGUUUUUUACUGAUGGCAAGAGAAAAGUGGAUUAUGUCCUUUCCUACAAAUACAAAAAAAGGCAAUCAUCCAAGGCAUGCCUUUCUGUUUCAUCCAAUGGGAGUAGUAUACCAAUACCGGCGCUGGGCCGAUCGGAAACAGAGUCUGGGGAGACAGGUGCACCUGCAGGAGAUGUGGAGGAGCUGAGGCUGUCUGAGGAGGAAAAGGCUUUAAUGAGGGAAGAGUUUGAGGCGGGACUACUGGAAGCCGGACUACUAAUAGAGCGUGAUAAAGAGAGGUCAAAUGGCAUAGGGUUUAUUCGGCUGCACAUUCCAUGGCCAAUACUCAGUCGAGAAGCAGAGCUUCAGAAAAUCAAAGUCACUGUGAAAAAGAAGUGUGAAUUACGAAAACGGGUGGGCAUUGCUGGGAUGUGGGAUUCCUUUGUGACUAAAGUCAACAUGCCGUUUCAACCAGACGUCCCAGACUUUGACAUCCAGAGAGACUCAGGGACACGUGUCUAUCUCAAAACCCUCAAACAUCCUUUUAUCAGAAACAAGUUGCACUUAUAUGACAUCAAGUCAACAGAAACUGUAUUUGACAAUGCAACACGAAGCAGAAUAGUAGCUGACAUUAUUUCGCGCACUACCUGCAGACAAACUUGUCAAACCACUGGCAUCAAGUCAUUAUUGGCUCGUGGUGUCUAUGACUCUGCCUUCCCUCUCCAUGAUGGGUCAUUCACAAGGAGAGGACGCAAAGAUCAGCGAAAUGACAGACAGGUCCUCCAUGAAGAAUGGGCUAACUAUGGAGUCAUGCUUAAAUACCAGCCUGUGGACCUGAUCAGGAAAUACUUUGGAGAGCAGAUUGGGUUGUAUUUUGCCUGGCUUGGUGUUUAUACUCAGCUCCUCAUCCCUCCUUCUGUACUGGGCAUCAUUGUCUUCCUGUAUGGCAUAUUCACUGUGGAUGCCAAUGUGCCAAGUCAGGAGACAUGUGAUGACAAUCUGAACAUCACCAUGUGCCCACUGUGUGAUGCAGUGUGUGAUUACUGGCGCCUGAGUUCAGUGUGCUCACUGACCCGAGCUUCAUACCUGUUUGACAACGGAGCCACUGUCCUCUUUGCUAUUUUCAUGUCUCUGUGGGCUGGCUGGUUCCUUGAGCACUGGAAAAGACGACAGAUGUAUCUGAAACAUACAUGGGACCUGACAAGCUUGGAGGAUGAGGAGGAGGAGGUGAGGCCUGAGUAUGAAGAAGUUUUACAGGAAAAAAAAGCAAAGAUGAAAGCACAGUCCCAGAGGAAGGUGACUGAAACUGGGGAUGGUGUAGAUGGAGAAACAGACCGGAUGCUGGCUGCCCAGCAGCAAGAUCCAGAGUCUCUGGACACUGAAGAUCAUCUGUCAGGUUAUUUCAUCAACGUGUCCACCUUAUUACUACUGAUCUUCGUGACCUUCUCAGCAGUGUUUGGGGUGGUAGUUUAUCGUAUCUGCAUGUUAAGUGUGUGGUCCAUGAACCCUGAUCCUGAAGCUAAGGCAAGCGUGAGGAUGACCGUCACCACCACAGGCAUCAUCCUCAACAUGCUGGUUGUUCUGGUGUUGGAAGAGGUGUAUGGAGCGAUCGCUGUGUGGCUGACUGAACUGGAACUUCCUAAGACUAAGAAAGAGUUUGAAGAGAAACUGAUCUUCAAGUCUUUCUUUCUGAAAUCCAUGAAUGCCUUUGCACCUAUUUUCUAUGUGGCCUUCUUCAAGGGCAGGUUUGCUGGGAGGCCUGGUGAUUAUGUUUAUGUGUUUGAAGACUAUCGCAUGGAGGAGUGUGCUCCACCAGGCUGCCUCAUUGAACUUUGCAUUCAGCUCAGCAUGAUCAUGCUGGGAAAGCAGCUCAUCCAAAACAACGUGUUUGAGAUUCUCAUACCAAAACUGAAAAAGAUGUACAGAACAAUGCAGGAACAAAAAGGAAUAAAAAGCUCAGCAGUAAACGAGGAGAGCAAAGCAGAAGAGAAGAGACCAAAACAACAAUUUCACAAAGAUUUUGCCCUUGAACCCUUUGAAGGUGUCAGCCCAGAAUACAUGGAAAUGGUAAUCCAGUAUGGGUUUGUGUCUCUGUUCGUGGCCUCCUUCCCCCUCGCGCCAGCAUUUGCCCUGCUCAACAACGUCAUUGAGAUUCGCCUGGAUGCUGCAAAAUUUGUCACAGAGAUCCGGCGGCCCGAUGCUGUGAGGUCUAAAGACAUAGGGAUUUGGUACAACAUUCUCUGUGGAAUCAGCAAGUUCUCUGUCAUUACCAAUGCCUUUGUCAUCUCCUUCACAUCAGAGUUUGUUCCACGAAUGGUGUACCAGUACAUCUACAGUGUGAAUAGCACUAUGAAUGGUUACACAGAGCACUCACUGUCCUACUUUAAUGUCAGCAACUUCCCACCAGGCACCGCGCCCAGCACCACCCUGAUCCCCGGAGUCUCCAUGUGCAGGUAUAAGGAUUAUAGAGACCCACCAUGGGCACCAGAUGCCUACACAUUCUCUAAACAAUACUGGUCUGUCCUGGCAGCAAAACUGGCCUUUGUAAUAUUCUUCCAGAAUCUUGCAAUGUUCCUCAGCAUGCUGGUUGCCUGGAUGAUCCCAGAUGUACCACGGUCUCUGCGGGAACAGCUGAAGAAAGAGAACACAAUGCUGAUGGAGUUUCUGCUGAAUCACGAUCAAGAGGCAUGUGCCCAAUCUCACUCCACAAAACAUUCCACCCUCUGCUUCCCCACCAAUAUAGACACUGUGGAGGAGACACCACCAGAAGAGCAAGAGGAAGAAGAAGAACUGGUGAUUGUGAUUGACUUGGAUGAACCUGGAAGGACCAGUGACAGUGAUCCAGUGGUUGGGAAGUCAUUUAAAGAAUUUGAAGGAAAUGGACAGAAACUGCGAGGAGAUGGAAAGGAUGAGAGUGGACAGAUGGAAGUGGGAGAAAAGGAAAGAGAUGGAGAAAUGAAUGAAGGAGAUGGAAGGAGAUGUAAUGAACAAGACGAAAAAGAAAAAGAGGAAGUAGGACAAGAAGAUGACAAAGAAAAUGAAGUAAAGAUGGAUGAGGAGCAUUUUAGUAUUGAUCUUGACUCCUUCAUAAGAGAGCUCGGCCUGUUAGAUGAGGAACCUUCAUUGAGCACAGCUAAAGAUACAGACCAGAAAGAGCAGGAACCUCCAUCACAUCCAUCAUCUAAAAGAUGCUCACCCCAGGGUCUGAAGAGAUCCAGAGCAGAAGUUAUAACAUCAGAAAAUGACACUAUACUGUCCUCACUAAUUGCUCCUCUUCCCAGAGAGCUAGCCACAAGGGCAAAGACCUGCUGCUCCACCUUGCCUUCCCGCCACAGAGGGGCUGAGGCUUGUUACAGCCUGCCCCCCGCCCCAGCCACUCCACCAGCUUCACAAGGUUCCAGCAGAUGUCAACACUUACUCCCCUGGCUCCCUCAGAUUCUUCAUUAUCAGCCUCAUCCAGCCCAUUCUCUCCACCACACACACCGGUGUCCCCUUCGUCUUCAUUUCCCACACAGUCCCCAACAUCCCCACAGCCCCAAACCCCCACUGAAUUAUUUGCACUGAAAGGUCCUCUGCCCCAACAGCCACGAUCCAGGGGCAAAGCCCGGUGCGCCACCCUGCCUCCGGGACAAAGAACCCCUGAUCCUGAGGAGCUCUCCAUCAAGCCUAGCCAUUCCACCAGCUUCACAAAGGUGGAAGACUACUUCUCACAUCCCCCCAGUGAACAGAAACUCAACACAACAGUGUGAGGAGAGCUGGAAGGAAAGGGAACCAGAUAAAUGGUGGCAGAGGGAGGGGGAGGACUAUCCAGAUUACCCUUUCCUGUCUGUGCCUAGAGCCUCACCCCUCUGUUUGUCUGCAUACAUAAUACCUGGGGUCUGAAGACAGACUAUCCAGAUAAACUGAACCUUCUUUUUAUCCUUCAGUGGUUCAGGACUGAUCCUGGACAUUUCAGAGGGACACUGUUCUGAAACUCUCCUUGCCAUGUCAAAAGAAAACACCAGUGACAUUUUAACUCUGUGUAUUAUUUGUGUGUGGGUGGGAGGGGGGGCUUCUUUAUUAUUUCAG